AUGUCCGACCUUUGGCCUGAGUACUGCCACCAACUGGCGGGUGGGUGGAAACUCUUAUCGUACGAAUUCUACUCCGGAGAGCCGCCCAACGCGAAGCUCGUGUCUCGACCUCACGGGACCAGUCCACUGGGUAGAAGUCACCUCAGCCGCAACGGCUACCUGUCCGCGCAUCUCGCCACGCCAGCUCGAAUGCAGUUUUCGGACUCGGACGUACCAUGGGCCAAACGAAGCGAUGCUGAAAUCGCCAAUGUAGCUCGUGGGCUGAGUAUGUACUGCGGCUAUCUGCAGCUAUUCAAGGACGACCAGGGUCUAUUUUGGAAGACGAAUGUGGAGAUUGCCAGUGAUCCUACCCGAGUCGGAGGGGUUCAGACACGGAGAGUAGAAUAUUUGGAAGAGAAUGGCCAAGCUUUCAUGGUUUUGAGGCUGGUAGAUCCCAUCGCUCUCGAGGACGGCACCCAGGCCCAUGCGGUUCUGAAGUGGCAGAAAGUGGAGUCUGCGUAG